UCUUUUCGUCCUCAGUAUUGCUGCUGCGCGCCGAACCGCCACGGUGCCACGUAGUUCAUCCUUAGGAGAUUUGCGAAUAGGACGAUUAUUCGUCGACAGGAAUUAGCUCGUUGCUCAGCGACACCGCCUUAAGCUCCUGUUGCGGGGUGCGGGGUUUUAGCCGCGCCUUGGAUCGCACGCCGCUCUUGUCUGCUUCGCUCUCCGCGGUUUCAGAGCCUUAAGAGAUCUUAGCGCAGCAUGCGGCCACCCCGUGGCGGAGGGUUCCGGGGGAGGGGCGGCGGAUUCGGCGGGCGCGGAGGGGGGUUUGGCGGAAGAGGCGGCGGGAGGGGCGGGUUCCAACGAGAUGAGGGGCCGCCGUCCCACGUCGUCGAGGUGUCAACGUUCCUGCACGCGUGCGAGGGUGAGGCGGUGACGCGGCUGACGAGCGACAAGGUGCCGUACUUCAACGCGCCCAUCUACCUCGAAAACAAGACGCAGAUCGGCAAGGUUGAGGAGAUCUUCGGGCCCAUCAACGAGGCGUACUUCUCGAUCAAGAUGCAGGAGGGCAUCGUGGCGACCUCCUAUUCCCCCGGCGACAAGUUCUUCAUCGACCCCAUGAAGCUGCUGCCGUUGCAGCGCUUCCUGCCGCAGCCCAAGGGCGCCAGUGCAGGGGGGAGAGGGGGAUUUGGAGGGCGGGGAGGGAGGGGAGGGCGUGGAGGGGGGCGAGGGGGAUUCAGGGGCGGGGGAAGAGGGGGCGGAGGCGGGUUCCGGGGGAGAGGGGGAGGCGGGGGAUUCCGGGGGGGUGGAGGGGGCUUCAGGGGGAGGGGCGGUGGCUUCCGUGGUGGCCGUGGCUAGCUCAUGGCUGCAUGCAUUCAAUAGAGCUUUUGUGCAGUGUGCCAUGUACCGUGCGUCAACCAUGCAUGGGUUUGGCCUUUCUUUGGUUUUGGUUCUACUGCCGCUUGUUCCAUUCCAACUUGAGCCGUUGUAAAAGUAUUUCUAAGUUCACUCA